AUGCCCUCCGUACUCUGUGCCUGCCCGAGUCCCCGUCCUUCCCUGCUACCGCUGGAGGGUCGGCUAGGCCAGAAACUUGAUCGGUUUUGGAGUGCGUCUGGAGAGCUGCGGAGGAGUUGCCAAAUGGAGCCCAAAUUGUCCACUCCGUUGCGAAUGCGUUGGCCAACAGGGAGUCUCCCUCUCGAGCUGCAGCAUCUUUUCCCCUCCUUCCCCACACCGGUUCUCCAGUCCUCCAGUUCUCCUCAGCAAAGUUCCAGGUCCCUGGCGACGGGUUUGGGACAUGGCGCGCAUGGCUGCCCGGGCCGGCGGUCUGUGCUGCGCAACAGCCGUUUCCAAGAUCCCACAGCCAUGGUUGGUGCCUCGGGAGUCUGGGGUGAUGCGGGGCGAUCAAGGGACCAGCUUCAUCCAGUGUUCCCUGUCUCAAUUCAAUACAAAAUGUGGUCUCUUAAAACCUGGCCUGAUGGCUUGAUUGGAUUCGGGGACGGACUCAAGGGCUCUGACCCCGACAAGCGUUGCGCGAACGAGGAGUUAUUAGUUAGUGUCGCGGCGGUGAAGGGUCCGGAUUGUCCAACUCGAAGAAGCGUGAUCGAGCUGUACGAUUUGCAGGAGAGAACUGGAAGGAUUUGUUGCCACUCCUCGCCUUCCCAAUGUUCUUCACCCCAUCAGUCGCCCAUCUCACGUGAUGCUCGCAGGGAUUUCAUCCGGGAUUUGCGCCAAGGAGCGAGGAUCUUUGUCACCGGGUCCACCCCCGAAGCCCUGUCAUUGUCUGAGCGUCUCUCGAUUUGUCGGUUUCGCUUCUUCCCUUUGAGCCCGCAACCGCCCCCAACGGUAGCGAGGGACUUUCGAUCAGGCUUGAGCCAGGGCAUGCGCGCAGGCCAGCCACCACCGUCAUCUUACCGACCGGCCCGAUGCCAACUCCGAGGCCGAUUACCUAACGGCAGGGCGACACCGGCAUCGGAAAUGUCAUGGUUCUCAUCCCAUUCCUGCUCUCAGACUUUCCUGACUCUCGAAUUGUUUGAACUACUUUGCAUCCUUGUGCGAUUAUUGGAGGGCACUUUACGAGGGACUCAAUCAAGCAACAGGGGACAGGUCCGUGCCAAUCAUAGUGAGCGCCAGACUUUGCCUUGGUGGGUGAUUGAAGCGGGUCAGGCUCUCCCACACAUUGUUGUUGAGUUCGAGACGGACAUGGUCGACGAGGGCAAGCACAAGUCCGGGAGGAGGUAG